UAGGAUCCCUAUGAUCCUCCCCGUCCACGUUCACAAGUAGCGAAAACGUGACUGUCAAGAUUUUUCAUCAUGAAAAUAAAUGAAAACACUUUACUGGAAGGACAUAAAGUCGUUUUGGUGCCUUACAAUUCGGAGCACGUGCCAAGGUACCACGAGUGGAUGAAGUCUGUGGAGCUGCAGCAGCUGACGGCCUCGGAGCCUUUGACUCUGGAGCAAGAAUAUGACAUGCAGCGCAGCUGGAGGGAAGACACCGACAAGUGCACCUUUAUCAUCUUGGAAAAGAGGCGCUGGUUGGACUCUGGUGCCGCGGAGGAGCAGUGCAUGAUCGGGGAUGUCAACAUCUUCCUCACUGACCCCACGGAUCUUUCCCUGGCUGAGCUGGAGAUCAUGAUCGCAGAACCCAGUUACAGAGGCAAAGGCAUCGGGAAGGAGGUGACGCAAAUGAUGAUGCACUACGGUGUCACCAAACUCGGCAUCAGCAAGUUUCAAGUAAAAAUUGGCCUGGAUAAUGUGAUCAGUAUUGCCAUGUUUGAGAAACUUCACUUCCAAAAGAUGUCUGUGUGCCAGGUGUUCAAGGAAGUCACCUUGGAAGCGCCGGUGGAUGAUUCGCUUCGCCGAAGGCUCCUGCUGCACCUGGGUCACGUGACCGAACGGGAUUACCGGGCGGCCCGCGACCAAAGACAGGAGACUGUCGCGUGAUUUCGUCAGACAAAAAGCUUUGAAUCAGCACGUUUAUUUCAUGACGGAAUGAACGCCGCUAAGUGGCGCGAGAAGACAAAGACGCUUUUUAAAAACAGGCGGUUGUACAAAGAGCGACAACAAUUCCAUAGGAAUUUUCACACGUGUGCCCCUCCCCCCGUUUGUCUGUCCACACGAAUGAGAAGCAGCUUUCAAAUCCCCCCUUCUUCUUUUUUUUUUUUUUUUUUAGCUUUUAGACGUUUGCCUCGAUUCCAGGAAUGCCUUGAUAGCUGUAGAAAAGUCGCCGAGGAGCCGGCGUAUCACACCCUCUUGCUGGCGGGCCCAGUCCAGGCCCCGGUCUAGGGCGACAUCCAACGGCACGCACACGCUCUCCUGCCGCAGCUCCGUGAGACGGCAAACGGCGACGCUCGCAGCCACGCCGAGCAGAAGAAGCAGGAAGAUCUUGAAGAUCUUGAAGACCAAGCUGACCGGAGAGCGGAUAGGCUUGGACUUUACCGCUGCCGGGGUCUUUUUCUCUGCUAACAGACAUAGUGAAGACAAUGAUCAGUUCUUCCAACCAAGUUGUGAAAAGUACAAUUAAAUGUUGCAUUUGGAAAGUAUCGAUACUCAUUUUUGCACUUGCAUAGGUCAGUAGAACUUAACUGAUUCGCUGCUAUUGAGAGCACUUGACGUCCAAUCUAUUUUGACUGAGAGUCAAUACUGAAAAAUGAGCAUUCAUAGCCAGUUAUGCCUUUUUAAAUAAAUUGGAUGUCUAUUGUUAUCAAUAGCAGGCAACAAGUUAAUUUUGGGUCACUAACUUCUUAAUUUAGGGCAAUGAUGGGUCAUUUCCCUGAGUUCCCGUACAUUUUAGGGAAUUUUGGGGUCAGUUCCUGGAUUUUUAGAAAUAAUUUUCUGCUGAUUUAGGGCAGGGGUGUCCAAACUUUUACAAAGGGGGCCAGAUUUGGUUUGGUAAAAAUGUGGGGGGCCGACCUCGGCUGACGUCCUUUACGUAGAACAAUACAUUUAAGCGAAUUUUAGCAAGCCAUUCUGUGUGUCACAUUCACUUUAUUAUUAUUUUUUAAUUUUAAUUAAAAUGAAUGAAUUCCAACAAACAAUCUCGCAACUAGCCUUGGUGGUGUUCGCUUCCUGACUAUCGGGCUCUUGCAAAAUACUGCUGUGAAAUUGAACUAGCUUCAAGUUUCUCCCAAUUUCUCGCUAUUUAUUUAUAUGUAUUUAUUAGGGUUGUUCCGCUCAUGUUUUUUUGCUCCCGAUCCGAUCCCGAUCGUUUAAGUUUGAGUGUCUGCCGAUCCCGAUAUUUCCCGAGCCGAUUGCUUUUUUUUGCUCCCGAUUCAAUUCCAAUCAUUCCCGAUCAUUUUUCCCAUCAUAUACAUUUUGGCAAUGCAUUAAGAAAAAAAUGAAUAAAACUCGGACGAAUACAUACAUUCAACAUACAGUACAUUCAAUAUACAGUACUGUAUUUGUUUAUUAUGACAAUAAAUCCUCAACAUGGCAUUUACAUUAUUAACAUUCUUUCUGAGAGGGAUCCACUGAUAGAAAGACUUGUGACUUUGUAUAUUGUGACUAAAUAUUGCCAUCUAGUGUAUUUGUUGAGCUUUCAGUAAAUGAUACUCUAGCCAUGCCCAAAUGCAUGAUGGGAAGUGGAACCAUGACUGUGCGUAGUGCUACCAAUUGAUAUAUCUUCUCUGCGUUGGGAAUUAACAUAAGGUGUUAAGAAAAAUGUGCUAAAUACAAUUAGAAAACGAUUUAAUUAAAAUAUAUAUAUAUAUUAAAAAAAGGCAUGGCCGAUAUUUUUUUGCCGAUUCCGAUACUUUGAAAAUGACAUGAUCGGACCCGAUCGAUCGGCGACAUAUCUAGUUGGAAGCCUUUAUUUAUAUUUUAUUUUAUUUUAGUUUUUUUUUUUAUUUAAUGUUUUAAAAAUUUUAUUUUACAGACGAAAAAAUUUCUAGAAAACGUCACCAAAAGCUAGCCGGAGACGCACACAUUUUGAGAUGACUAAAAUAUGACUAAGAUUAAUAAGUAUUAGUGUCCAAAAGACUAAGACGCAAAUUAAAAGGGCUGCCAAAAACAACACUGAUCAGGUCAUUUCCUGUUCAUUUUGGGGUAUUUCCAGGUCACUUUCUUUUGAUUUCAGGUGACUUUCUUUGGUUUUGGAACAUUAAUGGGUCACUUUCUGAUGAUUUUGGGGCAUUCCCUGGUCACUUCCUGUACGUUUUGAGUAAUUUCUUGUAGAUUUUAGGGCAUUUCCGGGUCAUUUCCUAUUCAUUUUGAGUCACUUCCAUAGACUUUAUAACAAUAUUGACAGGACACCUCCCAAGAUGCUGCGCCACGCCUUCAAGUACGGGGCAGUCAUACACUCCGAUACACUCCGCUUCAGUUGGUCGAAGACGGUCGCAGUUAUUCUCAAAUACAUGCAGCGAUCCAAUGCAGGAUUUACGUCGAAAAAGUACGAAACCUGUACCGCAUACAAACGGGAAGGAUUGUCUCAAGAGUGAUUUGUUCGAGGAUUCAAGGUUAUAUUUUUCGUACCAUGCAUGCAUUCUGAAACGUUCUGAAAAAAAUGAGAGAAAUUAACUGCUACGGCAUUGGCGUCAUAAUUCGCAAUAUUUACGUAAAAUAAAUGCUAAUUGCCCAUUUUUUUUUUUUUUUUUUGCUUUCAACUAAGAAUCAAGACUUGUUUUACGUCCAUAUCUAUGAAGAAUUCAGGGAUAUAAGCAUUUAUUUACAAGAAUUUUCAACGAAAAAAGUUCUUUAUCACCGUUUCCACUCGGUCAGCUUUGACUGAGAUAGGCCCCCUAUUAACCGCGCCCCGUGUCCUGUCAAUAUAUCAUGAAGUCUAUGGUCACUACCUAUUUAUUUUGGGUAACUUCCAAUUUAUUUUAGGGCAAUUGGAAAGUUUUUUUUUUGUCAAAUUAGAUAAAGGAGUUAAAAAAAACUUCUUGUUCAAUUUAAGUAGUAUCAAAUAUGGUAUCAAAUAUUUUUUUUGAUAUUGCUAUUGAGAUGAAAAUUUUAGUAUCGUGACCACAGUAUCUUUAAGUGAGCCUCAAAUGGUAAGGCAACAUUGUUGUUGCCCUGUUUAAUCAUUUUACAGGCCAGUAGUCAGUUUUAGUCCAAGAAAAGUCAUAAUAAUAAUAAUGGAUGAACUUUUUCGUCUGAGCAUUUGUGUUACCUGAUGUCUGUCCAUUCUUUUUCUUGUUGUUGUUCUUUUUUUCUUCCUUCUUCCUUUGCUCCACCUCCUGAGCGGCGGCUGCGGCAGCCACCUGAGCAUUGUACUCCUUCCGCCGCUUCUCCUUCUCCUCAGCCUUCUCCCGCUUCCGUGCCUCCUUCUCCCGAGCCUCGCGUUCCCGCUUUUUGGCCUCUCGCUUCUUUUCCAGCUCUGACGGGAUGAUCAAAUUUUUAUCACACAAAACAUCAUUAAAAAUGUAUUUCAGAAAUGUCAACAUUGCCAAAAUGUUCUGUCUAAAGAAAAAUACAACAAUGUUAUACAA